AAUGUGGUGACACCAUUGUUAAGCAUGGGGAUCCAGCAAGCAGCGUUGCUGCCAGAUAAACAAUGGUAGACUCACAGAGAGCAGCAACACACGGGGCUGACAAACAGAUGGCGAACAUGGUGAGACUGAAGCAGAUAAAGAGGCGGGGACACGGAUCAUGAGGCAAACACAAGCCAAGAUAAAAGGCAGGAUGGAAGAGACGGUGUUGUGUGGCUUUGUCUAGCUGUAGAAAAGGGUGCGAGCGGAGAUAUUGCCCAGGAGCUGGUGUCUGAAGACCGGUCUGUGGACUGAUUCCUGACCCGGGCCAAUGGUAAUGAUGGCUGACAGGCACGUCCAAUUUUAUUGCGACCGUGUUUGAAAGUUAGGUUUCGGGGCAUUCACGGAAGGUAUUCUGACUUCACAUGAAGGUAUUCUGACCUCAUAGUGAACUGAGGGCAGUGUAGCAGGAUAAAGGGAGCAGGACACAGAACGAGAUAUCCAGGGGUCAUCCGUAAUUCCCCAGGGUGUUAUUUUCAUUUGACAAGACAGGAUCACUUCCCCCGCUUCCACUGCGCACUUUCUGAAAAUAAGCUGUGAACUGAUUUGAAUUUCCCUGACUCUGACCUUAUAAACGUUGGCAGCUGUCUGAGGAGAAUUCCUGGAGGAGAGAGUCAGUUUGAUGUCUGUGCAAAGAGCCCGCUAAUCCUCCAACCGAGUGAUUGCCUGUCACCCGGAGAGGCUGCCGCCAGCAGAUGAAGGAAGCGAUUAGGAAAAGAUGAAGAAAGAGAGGUGCCAGGAAGGCAAGAUGAUAACCAGGGAGAGAUACUGUCCCGAGGAGCAGGACUGGAAAGAAACUCCAGGCAGCAAAUUCUCUCGCACUGUGAAGAAACACCAGCAUAAACACAACCUGAAGCACAGAUAUGCGAUCCUGCAGACAGUGGGCAGGGGAGCCUAUGGCAAAGUCCAGAAAGCACUAGAGACUGCGACCGGCAGGACGGUAGCCAUUAAAUCUGUCCGAAAGGAUAAGUUUCAAGAGGAACUGGAUCGUAUCCACAUCCAACGGGAAAUGGAAAUCAUGUCAUCUCUUAACCACCCUAAUAUCAUACGCAUUUAUGAAGUGUUUGAAAAUAAGGAUAAGAUUAUAAUUGUAAUGGACUACUGCAGUAAUGGCGAAUUGUAUGAUUACGUAAACGAACAUCGUAGGCUGUCUGAGAAUGAAGCACGCAGAGCUUUCAGGCAAAUUGUCUCAGCAAUUCAUUACUGUCAUAAGAAAGGAAUUGUGCACCGUGACCUUAAACUAGAAAACAUUCUCCUGGAUGAAAGCUUUAAUGUAAAGCUUGCUGACUUUGGUUUAUCAAACCUGUAUCAUAAGGAUCAGCUAUUGGAGACAUACUGCGGAAGUCCUCUUUAUGCCUCACCUGAAAUAGUGAAUGGAUUUCCAUAUCAAGGACCUGAGGUUGAUUGCUGGGCCCUGGGAGUUCUGCUUUAUACACUGGUGUAUGGAACAAUGCCAUUUGAUAGCAGGAGUUACAAAACUUUAACGCAGCAGAUCAGUUGUGGAGAAUACAAGAAACCUCACCUGACUUCUGAUGCUUGUGACCUGAUUGACUGGAUGUUAUCAGUGGACUCAGACAAACGUGCAACAAUUGAAGAUAUUGCAAACCAUUGGUGGGUCAACUCGGGUUAUGACACAUCUAUUUGUGACUGCAUUUCCGAAAAAGACUGUCACUCACCACUGCUGGCCCGUUGCAUUGACUGGCAAACCAGGGAAGGGUGUACAAAUCAAAGGACGAAAGAAGCUAAAAAUGUACAAGCUAUAGAAAGUACUGGGCAUCAAGUUUCUACCCAUAUAACAGAGGAUAGGCAAAUGGUUUGUUUAAAAAAGUCAAAGAAAGAAAAAGACAUGACACAACCACAACAGGAUGUGAAAUUGCAGAAACCCACAUCCAAAGAUGCAAAGGAAAAUCCAAAGGGAAUCCUACAAUCUAGCUUUGACAAUGACCUUCUUUCAUCUGCAGGCAUGGAACUGCAAUCACAAUGGACUGAAACCAGCACAACCAUCACAAAACCUAUAAACACCUUUCAGAAGGUGCACACUGCGCAAACUACAGUCUUAACUAGUACACCAAAGAAAGGAAUCCUGAAGAACUCUUACCAUAGAGAGUCUGGCUAUUCCUCUUCUCCAGAACGCAGUGAAACAAGAGGCAGGGAUACAGCUGAAAUUUCUUCCGAAACAAGUGGCAAACAGUCAGAAAUGCCUUUAUCAGAAGUAAAAUAUAGGAAAAAAGGAAUUCUAAAACGAAAUGGAAAGUUUUCCACCAGUUUAGAUCUGCCCGAUGAUCGCUCAUCACUAAAGCUUUCUGCUUCUUUAAAGGACCUGAUCUUAUCAAAUGGGAGACAUCAGAAAAAAGAGAGCCGCCCCUCUAGUGUCAUUAGUGAUGAUAGCAUACUUUCUAGUGACUCAUUUGACCUUCUAGAUCUCACAGCAGAAAGCAGAAGACUCUUUACUCAAAGUAAACAUGGCAACAUUUAUAGCUCAGCUUCAGAGGAAGACUUUUUGGAGCUGGAUAACACAGAUAAAGUUGAUCCACAAAAUGCCAGAAGAAAUGGAAGUUCUGGAAAAGACAAUAUAGGGAGAAUUUUCUCAAUAAUGGAAUUUGAAGAUACACAAGAUAUUUAUAAUAAGGCCUAAGAGAGGUGUAAUUAUUUAAAGGAAAAUUAAUGGGUUAUAUUUCUGAGUCUCCAUAAACUGUAGCCAAAAAUUAUUCCCACUGAAUCAAUGAGGAAGAUUCCUUCAAUGAAGACUAUCAAGAAAGUAUUAUAGCAAAAUAAUUAAAUUUAUUGUCACUUUUCCUUGAGCAUAAGAAUAUUUGCUACUGGAAAGUAAGUUUAUGUUUAUUACAAGGCUAAAAUGUUAAAUGGUUCUGUGCAAUAAUUACAUGUUUUUUUGCGAAAAUUGUUUUUUUAGUGUUCGUUUGUUUAUGACAAGGCUGAAGUGUUAAAUGGUUCUGUAUAUUAAUUCCAUGAAUUUUUUUUUGCGAAAAUUGGAUUCUUAAUAUUCACCAUUAUUAUUCACUGAAUGGAAAGCAGAAUUGGAUUUGAGAAUCAGGCCAAAUCAGUGAUUUUCCAAAAACAUAGCAUAGAGUCCUGAAUGUACAAUCAUAUUACUCAAAAUGGCUCUUUAUUUACACAAAGGUCAGUGCCACAUCAGAUCAUCUUCCAUGCAUUUGAAUACACUGAGAAGUUGACUAGGAUUGUCAUAUUGUAAUAGUGGUACAAGAAAUUAUUAUUCAUCCUCAAAAUAGACUACUUUGCCUCGAUUUGUUCUAAAGGUCCAGGUAAGACUUUUAAUAAAGCAGAAACAGGCAUCCAUAAAUCCCUUAUUUUCACUUCAAUACUUGGGAGUAAACAGGAUGGGAAGAGGUUACCUAACAAAUGUUUCAAUGUUUUUCAAAGAACAUUCCAAGUGCACAUGAAAUAGUGUGCCUAGGCUUCAAAACUAAUUUGCUAAAAUUGCUGUCCCAUUCCCCCUUACAAAUGAUACUUAGACUUCAAGCUUUUAUAGACAACAAAAAUGCACAAAUGUGGUUUGGUUCAAGUAGAAAAAUGUUCAUUAUUAAAAUAAAAUCCUCCUGACACAUUAAACUGGCUUAAAUGACACAACACCCCAACUUGUUCAUCCAACUUAAAUCCAUGUAUAAUUUAACCUCAGCCCCAACCUACAAAACACACAAAGCCAUCACAACCUUUUAGGUUAAAAAUAACUUUACUGACACACCACAGACAAAACCCCAUUUUCCCACCCUAAACUUUAUUUAAUUCAGAUAGAUCCUUUUUGAAUUUGGUUGUUACCCUUAAGUUAACUUCUCAUCCCCAAUACCCCUCAAACAUGGAUGAUAACUUACAAUCUUCCACAUAGUUUGUCCUUCUGAUGACUGCAGUACCAAGCCCUUCACUAUUAUCCAUUAUCUGAUGGCCCUUAUCAAUGAUUAUAAACCAUCUCUUGGGGUCAUUUUGCUGGAUCAUCAGUGCUUAACAUCCUUUUUGAUCCCUCUAGUCUGUUACGGACAUAGCUAUUCAGUGUUGAUUUUAUUUCCACAAUGGAUCCCACUAAGGUGAGGUAUCCCUGGCUCCAAAGCUGUAAAAGAAACAAAAACAGAAAUUUUGGAGAAACUCAGCAGGUGUGGCAGCACCUAUGGAGAGAAAACAGAGUUAAUGUUUCAAGUUCAGUGACCUUUCUUUUGAACGUCUUCUCCUGAAUAACCAAAGUAACCAAAAUGACCCCCAAUGAAUAAAUUGGCAACAACAUUUCACUUUUUGCAAUGUUUAACACAAAUGAGAAUUGAUGUAAAUUGAGCAUGGAUCAACAGGCAAACUCCAGUCAGUAUGAACUAUAAGUAACAUAGGGAAUAGCAUAAAACAAUGAAGACUACCUCAUAUGACUAUAAACAUUCACAUAUCCCCCACACAAAUGGGGCAGUACAUGCAUUCUCUCAAUCUUUCCAAAUCUGCUUCAGGUACACUGGACCUCUCACUUUACCCAAAGACUUGGCCUCAAGUCACUUGUAACAGAAGCUUCACUUCCUAUGUUCAAAUGUUGUUCAUUUCUUCUGAAAGUCAUCUCCAAAAUAUUAUGCUCUUGUAGAACUUACUUGGCUACAUCACAAUUAUCUUAAUGGGGCAGGUUUUCCGGAAACUCCUUUAUAAACUUCUUUAAUGAAUCUUGUUGAACAAUCUGGUCAGCUCUUUAAAAAAAACCUGAGUUUUACCAAUGGAAUUAUCCUAACUGCAAUCUCUGCUCUCACCUUUUCUAUAGCUUCCUGUCUCUUUUAACUGCAUGUACAGAGCUCCCUGUAAAUGCACUUCUACAUUCUUCUCUUACUGCAGCUUCUUCAUCUCUGGUCAUAUGGCAUCCAUAUUUUGACUUCCUUCCUGUUGGUAUUGCUUCCAGGCUGACAGUGGCCAUAUCAUAUAGACUAAUAUUAGAAAAUUGCAAUUGAUCCCUUUAGAAUUGAUGUACAUUCUUAAAAACAACUACAUAUUCCCUAGCCGUGUUUAAAGAAACUACAACUUUCCUUACUAUACUGUUUCAAGGUCAAAGAUCUUCAUAAAAAAAUAGAAUGCUGAACAAUAUAGUCAAGACAGUAACAUGUGUAUUGUAUGGUGCCAAGAGAGUAACAUAUGUAUUGUAUGCUUCUGUGGUCAAACUAAAUCUCAAAUAACUAUGUGCUGUUCAUAUAACAUUGCAAGAUAUACUUACCAGUUCCACAUGCAAGAUAAAUCUGGGCAGUUCUACACUUCUAUAAUUAAUUAUAAUUUAUUCAGAGGCUGGAACUAUUAUCCCACCUAAAACAUUUAUCAUCUAAAAGGAUGUUUUGAUAUCUUAGAUUAAUUAUAAUUGAUUGCACAACCCCCCCUAAUUAAAAGUUUUGAAAUAACCCCUUUAUAAAUGCACUAACUUUGGCAGAGAAAUAGAACACUAACAUCAAACUUUAUUCAGUAUAAUUAAGUAAAAAUACACUCAUCUAACAAUUGAAGACUGUUUAAGUAACCAACAAAAACACACAAAAGUUAUACUUAUCACUAUACAAGACAGACUUCAAUGCUGGACAGAAAUUAUUUUCCCACCUCAAGGACAAAAUGUGUUCAGUUUUCAUGUUUUCUAAAAUAUCCCCGAUUGAUUCACGCUGAAAACUGACAGCACUUACAACUGAUUGAUUUAAGUUCUCAGAUUUAUUGCAAACCACAUUUCAAAACCUUUAGCUAAUUUGGCGAACUCUCUAAAAAUUUGAUGCUGCCAAUUUUCGUAUAAGAGUCCCUACAAGAUAGGAGGGCUGAAGAAGGGCUUAUGCCCGAAACGUCGAUUCUCCUGUUCCUUGGAUGCUGCCUGACCUGCUGCGCUUUUCCAGCAACACAUUUUCAGCUCCCUUCAAGAUAGACCGCCCACCACAAAAUUAAUAAUUGUUGAAAUCCAAUUUACUAAUAAUGUGGUAAUGGUUAAUCCGAUAGGAUUUUCCUAUCUGCACAAAUUAACGAAAACAUGAGACAAAAAGAAAGCUUAAAGCUGUCUAUUUUGUGCUUACAAUAGACAGUCUUCCAAUUAUUAAUGUGACUAUGUUUUUAGUGCAAAUAAAUAGCAUGUAUUAGCUACUAAAACACUGGAGACACUUUGUUCUUUUCUCACGGGCUGAACUGAGUCAUUUUCAAGUACAGACAUUUAAUAAAGCUAUUAAUAAAAAAAAA